AUGUUCAUCAACGGCUCAUAUAGAUCAUUUACAAAAUCAAUAAAAACUUUAUUAUGUUUUACAAAGCACAAGAAAUUUACAGGAAUUAAAAGAUAUUCAAAUGCUUUAAUCUUUGGUAUUGAGACUUCAUGUGAUGAUACUGGUUGUGCUAUUAUAGAUUCUGAAGGUACGCUUUUAUCUGAAUCACUGCACUGUCAAAGUUUAAUACAUUUAAGGAAUGGUGGUAUAAUACCAGAUGUGGCACAAGAUCUCCAUAGAAGGUUUAUAGAACCAACUGUUGAGGAAACAUUAAACAAAGCUGAAGUAUCUAUGAAUGACAUAACUGCUUUAGCUGUAACACUUCAACCUGGAUUACCACUUAGUCUAGCAGUUGGAAUGAAAUAUGCCAAACAUUUAUCUAGAAAGUUUAAUAAGCCACUGAUACCCAUUCAUCAUAUGGAAGCUCAUGCCUUAGUUGCUAGAAUGCAGCAAAGUAUAACAUUUCCAUAUCUUACACUUCUUAUAUCUGGUGGACAUUGCUUAUUAGCAUUAGUUCAAGGUGUAAACAAGUUUAAAUUACUAGGUGAAAGUAUAGAUUCUGCUCCGGGAGAAGUGUUUGAUAAGGUAGCAAGAAAGAUGAAACUAAGAAAUGUGUCUGAAUAUUCCCAAAUGUCUGGUGGUCAAGCUAUAGAAACAGCUGCCUCUAAAGCAACAAAUCCUCACAUUUUUAAAUUACCUUUGCCAAUGGCUGAUUAUAAAGAUUGCAACUUUAGUUUUAAUGGCCUUAAAACAGGAACAUUUUUACAUCUGCAUAAAAAAGAGAAAGAACACAAUAUUGAGGCUGAUGAAUUGAUACCAGAAGUAAAUGAUUUGUGUGCGGCUUUACUCAUGGCUGUGACCAGACACCUGGUCCAUAGAACUCAGAGAGCCAUGGAGUUUUGCAAAACAAGAGAACUACUUUCUGAGCAUGAGGGAAAGCUGGUAGUGUCUGGAGGUGUGGCAUGUAAUAAUUUCAUUUUUAAAAAUCUUACAAUUUUGUGUGACGAUACGGGAUAUAAAAUUUUUAGGCCACCACCUAAGUUAUGUACAGACAAUGGUGUAAUGAUAGCUUGGAAUGGGCUUGAAAAAUGGCGAGAACGUCUAGACAUUGUUAGAGAUUUAAGUAGCCUAGAUAUAAAAGCAGUUAGUCCUUUAGGAGAAAACCUCAUCCCAAAUGUGAAGGAAGCUAAAAUACCAAUGAAGUUGUUAAAAAUAAAAAAUUAA